UCUUUAAGUCGUCGCCUUCCAUCCUCCUCCUCUAAUAGUCUAAUCUCUCUAUUGUCUCGAUCCAGAUCUAUUGUCUCGAUCCAGAUCAAACAAUGUCCUCCUCCCGAUCCGAUUCCAGCAAGCCACACUACGCGACGAGCAGCCUCGUGAUCGGCUACGCCCUCUGCUCCAGCCUCCUCGCCGUCAUCAACAAGUUCGCCAUCACCUACUUCAACUACCCUGGCCUCCUCACCGCCCUCCAGUACCUAACCUCCGCCGUCGGCGUCUGGCUCCUCGGCAAACUAGGGUUCCUCCGCCACGACGCCUUCGCCUGGGACACCGCCAAGAAGUUCCUCCCCGCCGCCCUCGUCUUCUACCUCGCCAUCUUCACCAACACCAACCUCCUCCGCCACGCCAACGUCGACACCUUCAUCGUCUUCCGUUCCCUCACCCCUCUCCUCGUCGCCGUCGCCGACACCCUCUUCCGCGGCCAGCCGCGUCCCUCCAGGCUCACGUUCCUCUCUCUCCUCGUCAUCCUCGCCGGCGCUGUAGGGUACGUCGCUAACGACUCGGCUUUCACUCUCACCGCUUAUUCCUGGGCCUUGGCUUACCUCGUCACCAUCACCACCGAGAUGGUUUACAUCAAGCACAUGGUCUCCACCCUCGAACUCAACACCUGGGGGUUGGUUCUGUAUAACAACCUCUUGUCGCUGAUGAUCGCGCCGUUUUUCUGGUUCCUCACGGGAGAACACGCGGAGGUUUUCACGGCGGUGAAUGCUAACGGAGGGAACGUGUUCGAGCCGGUUGCGUUCUUCGCUGUGGCCUUGUCCUGUGUGUUUGGUUUCCUCAUUAGCUUCUUCGGGUUCGCUGCUAGGAAAGCUAUCUCCGCCACUGCUUUUACCGUGACGGGGGUUGUGAACAAGUUCUUGACUGUUGUGAUUAAUGUUGUGAUUUGGGAUAAGCACGCGACUCCGUUUGGUUUGGUUUGUUUGCUUGUUACCAUCUGUGGAGGUGUUGGUUAUCAGCAGUCUGUUACAGUGGCUAAGAAGCCGACCAAUGGUCCGUCGAACAAUGCCGACAAGGGUGAGGAUGAUGAGUCGAUGGAGUUGAUUCCGGGGAAAGUAGCUACUAAUGUAUGAGAGAGGCUUUCCAUUAGCUUUUGAUUUUUUUUUGAAUUGAGAGGUUUCUUCAAUGGUUUAUGGCCUCUAUAGUAUCAAUUUUGUAAACUUGUUUCACUCUCAUUCUUUUCUACCUAUUAUUAUACAAGAAAAUCAGCUUUAUCUUC